AUGGGCCGAAUCCUACAAAAAAAGAAGAAUCGCUCAGGCGCUCCAAGGGUGAAGCAAAAGUCCAACCGCCUGAAAAAUGGCAACAAGAAAAUCAAUGUCCUCGGGAACGCAAUCAUCGCGCAGAAUUGGGAUAAAAAAUUAACUCUGACCCAAAAUUACCGCCGACUCGGCUUAACGUCCCAGCUCAACGCCCCAACUGGCGGCGCGGAGAACAAACCUGACGACCCGUCAAAUGGCCGGCAGGAAGCAGACUCUUUACAUCUCCUACCCUCCCUGACAAGUGUGAAGAUGAUAAAACCUGCAGAGAUGCGUGUCGAACGAGAUCCGGCAACGGGGAAGAUUCUCCGCGUGAUCCACCCUGAGAACGAAACCGAGGAGGUGGAAAUUGCUGGAAGAAAGCAUCGGAGAGCAAAUCCGCUAGAAGAUCCGCUCAAUGAAGUUGGUGAUGAUGUCUUUAAUAAUACAUCUUUGAGAAUCCAUGGAAGCACGUCGUCGUCGGUAGUGGUUCAAGCGCUGGAGCGUCAGGCUGCUUUGGAAGAGGAGGCGUUGAAGAAGAAGCAGCCUAGACAGCAGAGCAAGCGCGAGGAGGAAUGGUUAGAGAGACUGGUGGCAAAGCAUGGCGAUAAUAUCAUUGCCAUGGUUAGGGAUACGAGAUUGAACCCUAUGCAGCAAACAGAGGGGGACAUAAAACGGAGACUGAAGAAGUGGAGGGAAAAACGAGGAAAUAUCUAA